GGUCUGAUGGAUCAGGUCAACAUACUUAUAUCAACGGAUUUCCUAGAAAAAGAAACGGAAUAUAUCACGUGGUAUUUCACCCAGUCAGCUCUUUACUACAUAGAUCUAAUGCUGAGCAGCCGGGAUGUAUACGCAGAACUUAUGGCGUAUAUGCGAGUAAAGGUGGGCCGGUUCUAUGACAGUGUGAGCGGUUUGAAUAUGACACACCGCGAUAGUGAUAUGACAAUAUUGAAGCGAUCCGUUGCUGUGGAUGUGGCCUGUGGCAGUAAUCUCACACAAUGCGUGGAUAGUGCCGAGUCGCUGUUCACCGUUUGGGCAACGAACCACACUAACAGCAUAGAUGUCAACUACGAGCAAUACGUCUCGUGCGCGGCGGUAAGACACGGCGACUCGUCGCUAGCCGAGCUGGCGCUGCAGCAUGUUACCAGUGGUUCCAAGUAUCGCCACCAGAUGGCUAGAGCUCUCGGAUGCUGCCUAAACGCGACCGUAAUGCAACGGUAUCUUUCGCUCUCACUCGAGCAAGCGAUGCCGUUGAUAGAGUCCAUGAAUAUUUUCGCGUAUGCAUCAAAAUACCACGAAGGUCGACAGAUGGCGUGGCAAUACAUUAAAGACUAUUUCUACGAGCUGGUAUCUAGGUAAG